ACUGAAUAUAAAGAGGUGUAUAUAAAUAUCACUUGAUGAGCGACUCGCCAACAGUACUGGUAAUAUAUUUAGCGUCACAUUUUGUAUCCCACUUUACGUAACGGAAAUAUGGCACCGACUAAAGAACAAGCCGCUCAGAUGAAGGGCAAGGAAGUCUUAGUACUUUCUCACAGCAAAUGGAACCCUAUGGGUCUUGCCGGAGCAGGAGUAGCAAAUAUCAAACUGUACAAUGGUUUUUUUCUCGACGGAGGAUGUCGUGUGACUCUAGUCACUCCCAACGCAGAUGAUGACCCCGUUUACAACCAGUACGUGGAAAAUGAACUUGUCAACGCAAAAAUAGUUGUCCCAGAUAUGUACGAGUCGGAUGCGGGAGAAAAAAUCGCGGCAGCUUGUAAACAAACAGGAAUAAUCUAUGAUGCAGUUUUUAGUCAUUUCGAAUUAGUCCAACCCCUUAUUGGUGAGGUCGCUGAACUGCUAGGCAUCAAGCACAAUUCUUUCAAGGCCUACCAGGCGGCUCGUGAUAAAUACGAGACGCGUAAGGCGCUUGAAAAAGCUGGAGUACCCACACCAAAAGCGAUGGGAUGCAACUCUUUGGAUAACGUACAAGAGCUCAUCGACUAUAUUGGAUUCCCAAUGAUUCUGAAACCCACAUCUGGAGCUGGAUCUCUUGGCGUGUACAAAGCCUUUAAUGAAGACGAAUUAAGAAGUGGCAUCGAGAGGGUAUUAUUCGAUUUGGCUACAAACGCCCUCUUGAGCUCUAACGUCGGCGUAACUCUUACCGACCCAAUCGUUGUCGAGCAACUGCUGAUUGCAAAGGACUUCGACGGGCUACCAGUUGGAGAGUUUGAUUGCGAUCUGAUUUUCUGGGACGGAGAAUUGAAGUACGGAUCUGUCACUGACAAUUGGAAGCCUGUUCCUCCGUAUUACCUUGAGAAUGGAAAUACGUACCCAUCUAUGAUCCCUCAGAAAGAACAACAAGAGCUGAUCGAUUACUGUGCCCAGUGUGUCAAAGCUCUAGGAUUCUACAAGGGAGUCUUUCACAUGGAAGCCUUAUAUACAACAGAAGGUCCUAUGUUGAUCGAGUGCAACCCUCGUGUUGGAGGUGGUCCGGUCUGCGAAUACAACAAUGAACUUAACGGCGUCAAUCUCAAUGAAAACCACAUGUUGACUACGUUGAAUAUCCCAGUCGAUCCCAAACCUCGCGCUGAAGGAAUCACAAAAGUCCGAAACGUAUAUUAUCUCAACUGUCCAGUCACCGGAACUCUAGAGGCUGCUGAUUUCUUUGAAGAGGUCAAAAAUGAUCCAUCAGUGAUCCGCCACUCAUAUUUCGUCAAAGCGGGCGAUGAGGUCAGAGGCUAUGACAGUCAAGUCCCACAAUGGAUCGGAGAGAUCGCUACAGAGGCCGAUGUUUCUGAGUUAAUACCACAGGUGAAGAAAAUGGAGGAGCUUAUAAAGAUAGCCACCGCAUCUGUAAAGGUGAAGCAGCAAACUCAGCUGCGCCGACCCUCUCGUCGUGCAUCGACUAUUGAGUCUGUCAUUGGAAAAGUCGAUGCGGACGAUCACCGUGACAUUUAAUGGCGCUACGGAUACAUGUAUCUAGCAUAUCAAAUCGGGUACGAACAAAUUGGUCAUGAACAUAUCUAGACCACGGCAUAAUACACCAACAGAGGCUAUCAAUAACAUGACAGCCCUUGCUGUGGUCACCGUAUGCAAACUAAUAGAGGAAAGUGCAGCUUGACCUACGUACGACCUAUUUACAGGUGGCCUACGUGUAUGGUCGGUUUUCCAGUUCCGUUAAUCAAUGAGGUCGAACAAUGUUCAUUCGAUAUACUCUGUCUCAAAUGACGCACUUCAGCACUGUGUUCUUCUACCUGCCAACUUUAUUCCGUGCACAAGGCCGAGGUGAAUAAAAUGAGAUCUCGAUUCAUAAACGAAAAUGGAAUACUUCGUUGCGCCGAACGUGCACAAAACAAACUCGCUACAUCUAGCGUCGGAAAGAUUUAGCGUGGAAAGCGAACCCUAUUUACAAUUGAGCAUUGCAUUCUUUUUACACGUCAGUGAGGUUUCGUUUUCAUUCAUUCUCCAAGCGAUGUUGAACGAGGCUGUAUUAUAUCCAUUGAACCCAUGGAACUGAUAGAUGCCGUGGGAUUAAACCAUCUCAUCUCGGCACCAGAGUAUGUCUACCCAUGCACCCACUUGACUUAAGAAGGGGAAGCUAAUGACAUUGAGUAGAUAGCACAGUGUCUCACAGGUGAUUGAUUGUCAAUGAUGGAAUUGCGACAUUAUAAAACUCCCAAGACUGGCAACACGUGGAUAUCCAAUGAUGUAAUAAUUGAACGUAUUCGGCGAAACUAACCACUCAUAAUCAUGCCUUUCGAUACUGGGUAAGUUUCCGCGCAGAAACAUCGACAGAUCUGUAUUCAUUUAAAAACUCGCUGCUACAGCACGUCAUACUCGAGGAUCCUUGAAGCAGUUGCUUAAUAUCCAGACUCAACAACUCCUUCAUCAGCUCACCGCUUUCGAGUCAGUCGUGCUACCGCAAUCUCUUGAGCUAAAACCGGCGGAAAGAAUCUGAUCUCAACUUUCUUGUUCUUUAUCAUGGCAAUAGACAUUUCCAACAUUAUAUGCGCAUCGGUUUUACCCAGCAUGUCCUUCUCAUCCACUUCGUGAAUGACAUCCCCAGUCCUGGGUGGGGCACACGGUCUUGCCUUACAAUCAUUCGCCAAUACUUCCUCCACUUCUACCACCUGCCCAUUAAUAUAUAUAAGACCCAAUCGAGGAGUAGGUAAUGGUGGAGGGAAGGGACUCACUUCCUGUUCUUCUUCAUCGAGUGUGUUGAAUGAAUCUGCGUUCUCGUCGUGGUAUUUCCUCGCUUCAAACUUCAGUGUUCCUGAGUUUACGCUCCUCUCCUGCACAUGGACGACUACGUCCUCACCAUCACUCUGUGAACUCGAAAGCACGCAUUGAU